CUCGUUGGUAAUCCAGGGACUGCUGUGGACUACAGAGCAAUGUCGAGAUCGCGUUAGCACUGUAGGUCUGUGUAACCGCACCACAGACAAGGCUAAGUGGUCAAACUGCACCCGUUAUUUCGGUGCUCAGGAAAACAGAAAUAGUGUGGGUGUGUGAGACACAGAAAAGAGCAGUUUGAGGAAGCCAUGAAGAAGCUGCGAGCGGUGGAGCUCGACGGGCUCCUCAGCGGUUUCACACACGUCGAGAAGGCUGUGAGUGAAUUGAUGGGCAAGAACACCGUUCUGGAAGUGAAGCUGGAUGAAACUAGAAGGCUGAUGAAACUGAGCCAGAGCAGGGAGAAAUACCUGAAGGAAGAGAGAGACCAGCUCAAGGACAUGGUUGCUGAGCUCCAGAGUGCUGUGGAGCAGCAGUGUGACCUGAGGGAGGAGAAUGAGACUUUGAGCAGUGCUCUGGAAGACAUUAAGAGAGAGUAUGAAGCCAAGCUGCAGGAAAGCAAAGUCCGUGAGGACAGGCUCAAGAGGGACCUGUGUGAGCUGAAGGAACGCCACCAUGAGGAGCUGGAGGACCUGCACCAGGAGAUGCAGCGUGCCGCGGAAGCCAAGAAAAUGGAGAUGAGGGCUGCUGUGGAGAUGAAAGAAACAGAGCUGGAGGAGCUGCGCAGCAAGAUAAUGGAGCAGGAGAAGGAGAGGCACAGCGAGCUUCUGAAGCUGCAGAUGGAGUUCAGCGCCAAGCUGGCCCGAGCACAGGCCUCCCAGCAGGCCCAGAAGCAGCACCACAGGGCUCUCCCUGCCCUAAGGAAUGUCUUCCACCGGAAGCUGCAGUUCCUGCAGGAGGAGAAGAGCAGGGAGGUUGCGGCUCUUCGCCAGCAGGUGGCAACACUGCAGCAGCAGCUCUCCAGUCUCAACCCCUCAUACAAGUCCAAGAGGAAGAAGACCUCGCCAUAUGAGGGCGAUCUGUGUAGAUCAUCUGCUGGGCUUUGACCCUGUCCACACUCAUGUGUUUAGCUUUGCUGGUCAGCAAAAAGCUCUUUGUUCAUACAACAUUGAACUCCACCGUGAACACAGUUUGAAGUAUCUACAGUGUUUUACUGUAACACCAUCACUGUGUACACACACUGUUCAACAACCAAAGUGUUUUAGCACAGUACACAUGUGAUACUCGCACACUCUGACAUGCUCACAGUGUUCAGACUGCUGUUCAGUAACCAUUGCAACCCUGUGCCAAAGACCAAAAAAUAAUUCCACUUCUCACAGUUUGUCUGUAUGGUUUUAGUUCAUUACACCAAGACACGGUAGCCUUCAUGGUUCCCUUACACCAGUGAAGAUGAUUUAUGAAUGUAUAAAUAUUCCGCUUGUGCUGUCAGUCACGUUGAAUUUUGAAUUUUUGUUGAAAGUUCUGGUGUAGUGUUACCUUGU